AUGCCUGGCCACCUUUGGGUUCUGCUGCUUGCUGCGGCUGUUGCUUGCGCGACGCUUGCCUCUGCUGCAAGCUACAGACCACCAACACCGGGUACCGAGGCAGUGAGGCCAACCACGUUCAACGUGACCUUCACCUUGCCACCUGCUGUAGAGGACGUAGUCUUUAUCUCGGUCAACGUGAGCAAGUUUGUCGCUCCUGGAGUCUUUGCCAACUUCCCUUCCAAGCUCCUUGCCGUUGCCGAGCUUGGACAGCCCGAGUCGCCGGUGUGGACAGUGUACGAGUCGGUCGACGCUUCAGCUGACUACGUUGUCGUCCUGGUUGCCGUCUUUGCCGAUGGCUCGACUUCAGAGCCCUCGGAGGUCUCUUUUUACGAGUCGCCGGCUCCAGAGGCCCCCGACUCGCCCACCGGCCUUGCCUCUUCGGCGGUCGCUCCCGACUCGGCCGAGCUAUCCUGGGACGCGCCGUACGACGGCGGCGCAGCCAUCACCGACUACAACAUUGUCCUCACCGCACUCGAUCCGCCCGACGCACCAUCUCCAGCUCUCUUCUCGACUACCGGCGCCACAACGACGCUGGUCUCGUCGCUCUCGUCGUACACACAGUACGAAGCAACUGUGACCGCCACCUCGUCUGCUGGCACCUCGCCGCCGUCGCCGCCGCUGGUCUUUCGCACUCGCCCAGCUGCUGCUGACCCUGUCGUGGAUGCCUACGUCACCGCCACGUCCCACUACACUGCAAGCCUCGAAGUAGCCAUCCCGCGUUCGUACGGCACACCUGUCGUGGCACUUCUCUUCUCCGCUGAGCCCGGCGCCCAUCACCAGUGGCUUAACUUUACCGAGUCACUCCCGCAGGGCGACGUUGUUGCUGCCACGCUCAUCGGGCUUGAGCCCUCGACCAACUACGCCAUCCAGAUCCAGGCGCUCGCCGAAGGUGCGGAGCUCUCGACACCGGCGCCGCCACCGGCGCUCACUGCGCGGACUGCGGACCCCGCAGCUCCCGACAGCGUUGGGUGCCUCGUUGAUCUGAGCGUCAUCAAUGCAACUGCUGUUGCGCUCACCUGGACUGCACCUUAUGACUCGGGUGCGGCCAUCACCAGCUAUGAAGUCUCGGCCGUGCCAACCGUCGCGACUUCGGCCGGUAAGCCGACGUCCACGAUCACGGUUGCGGUUCCUGGCGCCACCAACUCGGAAGUGGUUGGAAGUCUUCUCCCGGCCACGCCGUAUGAGCUAUAUGUGGUGGCAAUCAACCCCCAGGGCACAUCGCCACCUCCGCCAUGCCUCAACGCCACCACGACCCUGGCUGGUCCGCCCGACCCCGUUGCCUGCGGUUCGAUCGUAGUGACGCCAGUUUCGGACACCCAGCUCGACGUUGCCUGGGUCGCACCGUCCGAUGCCGGCUCGACCAUCACCAACUACACCGUUGUCUACACCCAUCUCGACAGCGGCGGCACGCCUGAUGGCGAGUCGAUGAACGUGGUGGUCUCUGCGUCGCCGGCUGCCCUCGCUGGGCUCGGACGGUACACCGACGUCGGAGUUACGGUGACCGCCACCAACUCAGUGGGCAGCUCGCCGCCCUCGUGUCAAGUUGUCGCCACGACGCUGCCAGGAUUCCCGGAGCCCACCGUGGGCGUUGCUGCUGUCGACGUCACCCGGUCAUCUGCUCGCAUCACUUGGUCGCCGAUCGACGACAAUGGCAUGCCGCUGCUCAACACCACUAUCUACGUCUUUGAGAUGCAGGCGUUUAGCGCCGCGGCACCGCCGAUCGAGCCGCACCUUACGCAGCCUGGCGGCGGGUCGCAGGCCCACGAGGCGCUGGAGAGCCUUGCUGCCGAAGUCUACAUCGGCUCUGUGGCUGGCAACGGCAUGGAGUUGGCGCUGCCUGCCUCUACACUCGAGCACAACACCCAGUACGGUGUGAUAGUGCUCGGCGCCAACGCGGCCGGGCAGGCCUCGUUUGUCAUCCCGCCGUUUGCCUUUCUCUCCGGGCCGGCCGAGCCCGAGAAACCGGAUCGGGAGACUUUUGUGGCGACUGCGGUCAACCCACGGACGUUGUCGCUGUUGUGGGAUGCUCCGAAUGACUCGGGCUCACCCAUCGUUCAGUACGAUGUCUUCCUCACCCGCAUCUCGGACUCGUUCGUCAUUUCGGGCUCGUUCAACACGACGUCUGGGGUGGUGACUGGUCUCGAGGCCUCGACGGAGUAUUUGGUGCAGGUCUUGGCAAUCAACGCGGUUGGUUCGUCCGAUCUAUCGCACCCGCUGUACUGGCUGUCGCCCGAGGCGGUUGCGCCGUCCGCGGUUGACCCGACCUCGUUUUUCUCACUCUCGUCCACCCGCUCAUCGAUCCAUAUCGGGUGGGCCGAGCCGUUUGACGGCGGCAGCCCAGUGAGCGACUACGUUGUCCUCGCGUACGACACGGUGACCGGAGCCAAGGUAUACGACAUGGCCGGUGACGCCUCGCUCUCGCGCAACAUCACCGGGCUCUACGUCCACCGCGACUAUGCUUUCAUCGUUGCUGCUGUCAACAGCGUCGGCAUUGGCGCCGCACCAGUCUAUCCGCCCGACUCUACCGGGAUGGCCAUGACGGCGACCGGGCCACCGGAUCCGGUUACGAGUAUCCAGCUGUACGCUUAUCCGGCGGCGACGAGCCUCGAGACCUCGUCGCUGCUGCUGCUCGAGUGGCAGGGCCCCGACGACAACGGUUUUGACUUUACCACUGUUGAAGUCAUGGUCUACGCUAUGCCCGACGAGUCGCCUGUCGCCGGCUACCCGCAGCAGGCCAACGUGACCGCGAGUGGAGGUUCGGAAGCGCCGGUUGAGCUCGACGGCCUCAUGCCCGACUCCGAGUACGGCGUGCGCCUUGUCAUUUACAACAAAGUCGGCGCCAGUCCGCCGUCAGACCUCGUUGUGAGCCGGACUGGACCGGGCGUGCCAAAUCCACCGGACAUGGUCAACGCGACCGCCGACGGCCCGCGCGGAAUCCACAUCUCGUGGUCGCCGCCGUUGUACACCGGCGGGGCGCCCAUCGAGUUCUACACGGUUCACAUCACCGGGACCGGAAACCAUGACGACACCUUUACCAUUGCCGGUGAAGUGACCACGCUGGAUGUCUCCAGCCUCUGCAUGGCCGGCGACUACGAAGUCGAAGUCAUUGCGGCCAACGCGGUGGCUAACUCGGCACCGUCGCCUGCUGUGGCAGUGAGCACACCCGGCGAGCCACCGUCGGUCGUGGCGACACUGUUGGUCACUGCGACAACACUCGACUCGGUGACCCUGCUAUGGAACACGCCGCCGGGCGUGUGCAGCAUGCCGGGUGUCUUUUCGCUCUUCCUCUCGGCUAACAUGUCGGAUCCGUCGCCGCCGUCCACUUUUGUGGCCAACAUCUCCAUUCCGACCACGUCGACGACGGUGGGCGAUCUCGAGCCUGCUGCGUCGUACAAGUUUGCCAUCCAGGUUGUCACUGACUAUGGUGUUUCUCCUCUCUCCGCAGCCACUUCAGUGACGACCGGCUCGUUGCCGCCGGAUGCCCCGACUAUUGUGGUGGCGAUGCCAGAGCCGGCAGCGUACGCCGUGUCUGGACCUUAUCUGCCGGUCACCACGAGUGUGGUGGUCAACAUCACACUUCCGCUCUCCGACAACGGCUCGCCGGUGGUCGAGCUUGGGGUUGUGAUCAACGGCUCUGAGGUUGUGCGGGUGCCGACCUCGAGCGGGCCGGGUGACGUGGUCUCUGUUGUCGUCGACGAGCUUGAACCCCACCAGAUUGUGGCGGUUGCCGCGUUUGCAUCGUCGGUCCUUGGCGACUCGGCGCUCUCCCCCACCACAGUGGUCACGACGCUUCCAGGACCACCAGAGGCGCAGCCGGCGCCGCAAGCCAUCACAUCCGAGUCAACGUACACUUCGGUGACAGCGCACUGGGACGGCGUGGCAACCGGGUCGUCCCGAGGCCUGCCCAUUGACCACGCCGUAGCUGUGGUUGCCAAGUCGUCGACCAACUUUUGGGCUUUUCCAUUUCCCGGGCGUGACUAUCUGGUUGGGUUUGCUCUUGGAUGCCUUAAGCCAGAUGGUCAGGGUGAGUACCUGUACUCCUCGCUGAGCCUUGCUGAGCUAUCGCCGGUGGCGACGACGCCACCGACAGUGCCCGACGUUGCCAGCUGCGCGACAAACGUCGAGGUCAUUGCUGCGCCCGGCAACGUCUCAGCCAGGGCCGAGGUCUCGUUUGUGCAAGCUGCUGAGAAUGGAUCACCCAUUACUGUGGUCGAGAUCGAGCUGACGCCUCUGAGUGGCUCGUUCGGCGAUACCAAGCUGGUUGCGGCGGUGGGCAUCGGGGCAGCCGAUACCGCUGUGUCUGUCAAUGACCUUGACGGCGCUACCGAGUACUCGUUGGCGCUGCGGUUUGGCAACGCCGAGGGCUUUGCGCCGUUUAACAACAGGUCGCUCUGUGCGACAGUGUCGAGCCCUCCGCUUGCGCCGCGGGCGCCGCUCGCUCCGCUUGUCAGCGUUGUCUCGUCGCAGGUGGUAGCGGCACGAGCGCAGGCGCUCCCGUCGUCGCAGGGCUCGCCAAUCACGUCGGUUGUGCUCGUGGCGACAGGAACAAGCGGCAAGGCGCUGGGAACGAGCGUUCAGGUCGAGGUUGACGCGGCUCAAGCUGUGGCUACCACCGAGCACCUCGGCCGGCUGUUUGGCGGCGAGGACUACGAGGUAACAGCCCAGGCGCGCAACGCAUACGGGCUCUCGCUCUCAUCGCCGGCCGAGGUGGUCUCUUUGCCGCCGGGCGAGCCAUGGCCAAUCGAGUGCACCGACGGCGUGGUGAGCGACGUGACGCCGAGCUCGUUCCGGGCAGCCUGGCCGCCCACCGCCCACAACGGCGGCUUUCCGCUCGGAGGAUACGACGUCGAAAUUGUGGCCAUGGCGACCGGCACCAUGGUGUUUUCGGGAACGCUGACGGAACCGGUCUAUCAGCUGAGCGGCCUCGAUGCCGGAAGUCAAUUCAACAUUAGCGUGGUGCCGUGGAACAGCGCCGGGAGUGCAGCCGGUUGUGCAAUGGAGGCGAAGACUCUUGCACUUCCGCCACUCCCGCCGACCUCGGUGACGACGACGGUGGCCGAUCUGUCCGCUGGACGAGUGCUGGUCACUUGGGCUCCGGCUGUCGAGCGCGGUGCGCCUGUGGUCGAGUAUCUUGUUCACGUGGAGCAAGGUGGCGUGAUUGCGAUCAACGAGACAGUGUCGGUUAUGACCAACAGCGAGCCUGCGCUCAACAUUACCGGAUUGCAGCGCGGAGUGACGUACUCGCUGACGGUGUCUGCGGUGUCUGCGGCAGGUAUCUCGUCGCCUUCGAACAUAUGGCUGUUUGGUGUCAGCCCGCUGGCGCCACAGCCGCUGGCAUGCCCGUCUGUCACGCAAGUUGGUCCCAAAGCUGUGUUUGUAAGCUGGGCCGCAGCGGUGACCAACGGCGCGCCUGUGCUCGUCUACCGAGUCGAGGCGCGAGUCGAUGCCGAGGCGACGUUCAUUGUGCGAGCGAGAGUCAGCACGCUCAAUGCGACACUGACGGAUCUUGUGCCAGGCACGGUUUACAGCUUGCGGAUUGUGGCCGAGUCGUCUGUGGGGCCGUCGUCGCCGUCGCUCUGCAGUUCUGGCGCGGGUCUGGCACUGCCUGCGACUGCACCCGAGCCGACGUCUGAUGUGGAUCCGCCCGAGAUCGACGGCACGACGGUGGUGCUGCGGUGGAGUCCGGCACGGUCCAACGGCGAGCCGGUUUUGGAGUACCUGGUGCAAGUGUCACGCAACCUGCAGUUUGAUCCGUCGUUCAACGUGUCUGUGACCGAGUCGCGGCGGCGCGCUCCGGAUGCCCGAGUCGAGCUCACGACGCUGGCGGAGGAGACAACGUACCAUGCUCGGAUUGCGGCGAUCAACUCGCUGGGCAUGUCGCCGUUCUCGGAUGUCAUCACGUUUACAACGAACAAGCGGUCAUCAACGUCAUCUGCACAAAGCCCCAAUAGCGAGUCGGGAACAACGUUCCUGGGUCUGGGCAGCACGCUGCUUUUCACCGUUGUUCUCGUCAUCGCGCUCCUUGUCAUUCUGGUCCUCUGCUGCAUUUGCUGCUGCAAGCGUAGCGGGGACGAGCAGGAAGGUGGGGCGUCCCAGUCGGGCAUGGCAGCGCAAAGCGCUGCCGAGCGAGGCGAGGCUCGCGGCGUGGAGGACGACGAUGAUGAUGACGACGACGACGAGGACGACGAGGCGUUGCGAAAGGCAAUUCGCCAGGCCAAGAAGGCCAAGGACUCAAGUCGGCCCCCUGCGCGCGCUGCAGACGACGGGUUUGGUGACGCUGUGGGCGACAUUGAGCUCACUGGGAUGGAUGCCGGCGAGAGUGCUGGGCCGAGCGGACGCAGGUCUGCAGGUGGGCGCGGAUCACGGCGCCACGAGCCGCGCGCGCCAGCUGGUUUUGUCGAGAAUGAUGAUGACGACGACGACUCAGCGAUUGAGUUUUCAGAAGAUGAGGCCCGGUCCGACGAUGGCGGUGCGCUUGGUCCGGUGAGUAGUGGCGCAGCAGUUGCAGGCGCGCCGACCUCGGGCGCGUUUGCCUCGUUUGACGCUGUGUUUGGCGCUCCGGCCGGAGCGGCGGAUCCGUUCUCCAGCCACGCGUUUGAAGCAGCGUUUGGCAACAGGGCGGGAGACGGUGACGACUCGUCAGUGCUGGACCAGUCGAUGGCGCGCGAGUCGAUGGGCAACGUGAGUGCGAUGUCUCCUGGCAGCGGUGAUCCGUGGGCGGCGGGAGUGCCAGUUUCGAAUCCUGCAUCUGGAGCGACGUCUCCGGUGUUUGAUGCGGCGUUCCCUGCGAUGAGUGGCGGGAGCGGGCUGGAGCCGCCGCAGCGCGGCGACGACGACGCGUCGUCGGUGUUCACAGUCCCGCUGGGCGCUGGGUCGAUGGUGGGCGGCGACGAUGGGUCCGAGUCGAUGGCGUCGUCAGGCGACGGUGGCCUCUUUUCCAAGGCCUUUUCGUCAGGUCCGGCGACGCGAGUGGAAGACGAGAGCUUCAAUCCGUUUGACGGCGCGGCCGACGACGAGACUAGCGCGCUGGCUGGUUUUGGCUCGCCGGGCCUGGAGCUAACAUCGAUUGCGCCGGCGGUUUCGCCGCGGUGGGAUUCGGCGCAUGCCGAGCCUGUGGUCGUCCUUCCGAUGGUCCGCGAGCAGGGGACUGCGGUGUACACCGAGGGCACGCUAACACAGUACUCGCUCGGCGCCGAGGUGGCGUACGGUGUGCCCGACGCAUCAGUCGAGGUUGCAAGCGGCGCGAGCUUCGCAGUCGUCCUUGGCAGCACGGCCCGGCAUGAGCUGUUGCGGGUCGACGGCGCCGAGUUGGAUGAGCUUGCGCAGGUCGGCACCGGACUUCCGUCUGGCAACGCUAGGGGCAUCCACCGCUUCGGAGACGGGGCAUGGCAGGUCGACGUGGCGCUGGCGGUGCCGCGGUCCGGCGGGCGGCCGAUCUUCCGGCUUGGCACGUUCUCGCCGGACGCCUCUUUCGCACGCGUUCCUCUCAAGGCCGGGCUCAAGUACAAGCUCAAGCAGGACAGCGACGGCGGCGCGGUGCUGAUGGCCGAGGUCUCUGUGGCGGUCGAGUCGUUCGCACCGACACAGGCGACCCUUGAUCUGGUCAUCUCAGGCGCGCGUCUCACGCCGGAACGUGUGGCCUCGCUCAAGUGCAAGCCGCCCGGCAACCUGACCCCGCUUGGCGAGGUCACCAUUGCGCUCCCACUUGCCGAAGGUCAGGGCUUCUCGGGCAUCGAAGAUCUCAAACUCCGGGCCACGCUCAAGGGCUCGGGCGCCUCGCUGCUCGACCUCGGCGGCCCACACGGCGUCGGUGCCCUCAUCUCGGCCCAGCCGGGCGUGACGGUCUCGGACUCGGAGGCCUUCCGGGCUCUUACCUUUGAGGCCAGUGUCGACGGUCGGCUUUUGUAG